AUGGGCAGUGGAGCCAGUUCGGAGAGCAAGGAGUCAGCCAGGAGAUCCAGAGAACUGGAAAAGAAACUCCAGGAAGAUGCAGAGAGGGAAGCCAGGACAGUCAAACUACUACUGUUGGGUGCUGGAGAGUCAGGAAAGAGCACUAUUGUAAAGCAAAUGAAGAUCAUCCAUAAAGAUGGUUUCACCUACCAGGAACGCAUGGAGUUCAGACCUAUUGUUUACAGUAAUGCCGUGCAGUCUAUCCUGGCUAUCGUGAAGGCCAUGUCUAAGUUAGGAAUCAGUUAUGAAAACCCUGCUAGAAUUGAGGAUGAAAGGAAGCUGUGUUCCAUGGCAACAACUCUGGAGGAUGGCAGCAUGUCUUCUGAGCAGGUUGAGCUGAUGAAACGAGUGUGGCGUGACGGCGGGACCCAGGCGUGCUUCUCCAGGGCAGCAGAGUACCAGCUCAGCGACUCGGCCGCCUAUUACCUCAACGAUUUGGACAGGCUGGCAAUGCCAGACUAUGUCCCUACUGAGCAAGAUGUCCUGCACUCACGAGUGCAGACAACUGGGAUUAUAGAGACUCAGUUUUCUUUCAAGGAUUUAAACUUCAGGAUGUUUGAUGUGGGUGGACAGCGAUCAGAGAGAAAAAAGUGGAUUCACUGCUUUGAAGGAGUUACUUGCAUCAUAUUCUGUGCUGCACUCAGUGCCUAUGACAUGGUUCUGGUUGAAGAUAAAGAAGUGAACAGAAUGCACGAAAGCCUUCAUCUGUUCAACAGCAUCUGCAACCAUAAGUGCUUUGCAGCCACUUCCAUUGUGCUGUUCCUAAAUAAAAAAGACCUCUUUCAAGAGAAAAUAACAAAAGUGCACCUGAAUAUCUGCUUUCCUGAGUAUAAUGGACAAAACACAUUUGAAGAUGCUGCAAAUUACAUCAAGAAACAAUUUCUAGACUUGAACAUAAGGAAACAAGAUAAAGAGAUAUAUUGUCACUUGACCUGUGCCACAGACACCCAGAAUGUCAAAUUUGUCUUUGAUGCAGUCACAGACAUAAUAAUCAAAGAAAAUCUGAAAGACUGUGGGCUUUUCUAA